AUAGCAACAAAGUUGAUUCUCUCUUAUUCCAUAUUAUAGCAUUAUUAAUAUGGCUUCAAACCCAGAAGCAUACAAGCCAUAUGGGAAGCAACCCACCAAGGGACAAUGGACCACUGGUCUCUAUGAUUGUUGGGAUGACCCCUCUCAUUGUUGCUUCACAUGCUGUUGUCCAUGCAUCACGUUUGGGCAGAUUGCGGAGAUUGUUGAUGAAGGGACAAUAUCCAAAAAUGCAGCAUGUUGCAUUUAUAUUUUCACACACGAGGGGAUGAAAUGGCUAUAUGGUGCAACUUACAGAUCCAAAUUGAGACGAUUGUUCUCACUGCCACAGGAACCCUACUCUGAUUCAUUUGUUCAUUGUUGUUGUUGCAUUUGUUCCCUCACACAAGAAUACAAAGAACUCAAAAACCGUGGAAUUGAUCCUUCCAUUGGUUGGGAAGGUAACGUUGAGAAGUGGAAGAGGGAAGGCGUAGACCCUCCAAUUGUUCCCACCAUGUCUCGUUGAUUUGAGGACUUGCCAAUUGUUGCCACUAGGUUGUGAAGUUAAUUGUUCCAUUAUUUGAGUUGUUAUGAGUUGAAAGUAUUUGCAUGUGGUGUGUAUACAUUAAUAAGUUGGUGUGUAAAUUAAAUUCGUAAAUGCAUGUAGUUGAUAGCUUAUAUAUAUUAUGCUAAGUUGAAUUUUGGUUUCUUUAUAAGAUCUAUGAGCCUUCUUAUCCAAGUAAAAUAAUAUGAGACAAAAUAACAAUGAGAUGUAUCACUAAGUGAAGGCCUAUAGUGAAAAUUUUAUGAUUUAAGAUUGUUUAUAUAUAGACAAUUGGAUGUAGUUUUAUGUGGAAAGUGAAUAAGUAUAAAAUUCC